CUGAAAAAGAAAGCUUCCUUUUUUCUCCUGUGCUUCUCCUUCAAAUUUCACUAUUAUCAAAUCUUUGAGAUAUCAAAAUAAGGUCCUCAUUACAAAGAAAGAAUGGAUAUGCUUAAGCAAAUGAGGGUGAGAUUCUCCGGUGUAGGAGAAGAAGAGAAAGGAGGAAGCAGCAGCACAAGAGAUAGAACAAUACCGCCACAGAAAACUCAACCUUUUAAAGAGACAAAAAGAGCACCUAGCUGGUUGUACAGACAGUUUAUAAGAACAAUGAGUCGCGAUUAUGAUUCUAGCGAUAGUGUUGACUAUCCAGCUGCAGUGGCAGCAGCUGCAUUUGCUGUAAAAUCAAUCGAAGACAAGAGUGAAAAAGACCACAGAAGGACAAAUAGUGGAGGAGCUGAUAAACCUUUUACCAAGACUAAAGCAGAUGAUAUUAUCCCUAAGAAGCCCGAAAAGUUCUCAGAUGAAGUUUCAAAACCAAGACCAAAACUUCCAGAUAAAAGUGUGCCAAUAAGGACAGCAACAAUCAAUCCAGAGCCACUUAACACUGUUCCAUCUAUUAAGAAGAAACCAACUUUUGGAGAUACCAAACCUGAAAGUGAAGUUGCUGAAAAGGCCAAAAGAGUUCCAUCUAUUAAAAAGACACCCACUUUUGGAGAUACCAAACAUGAAAGUGAAGUAUCUGAAAAGGCCAAAAGAGUUCCAUCUAUUAAAAAGACACCCACUUUUGGAGAUACCAAACAUGAAAGUGAAGUAUCUGAAAAGGCCAAAAGAGUUCCAUUAAUGAAGAAAACUUCAACAUUUCCAGACCAAAGCAAAGCUCCCAAAGCUCCUGAGGUUCCUGUUCGGCCAACUAGACAAUCUUCAUCUCAAACAGGCAUGGCUAAAGGGCAAAAUACAAUGAAGCUUGGAAGUGGAAAUUCUAAGGCAGAUAUUUGGGAGAAAGAAGAGAUGGAGAAGAUCACAGAAAGGUACAAGAAGCUCAUAGCAGAAAUUGUGGAAUGGGAAACUAAGAAGAAGAAAAAGGCAAAGAGAGAUUUGGAGAGAAUUGAGGCUGAAAUAUUGUCAAAUAAAAACAAUAUGAAAUUACAGGCCGAAUUAAACAGGCGUAGGGCGAAAGCCAUGCGACAUUUCAACAAUGAAGUUGGAAGGAUUGAAAGCAUUGCAGGAGGAGCCAAAGAACAAGCAGAUCAAAAUCGCGAAAACGAAGAGCUUAAGGUUAAAGAGAAGGCAAAUAAGAUCAGAUCAACUGGGAAAAUGCCAGCAACAUGUUUAUGCUUUUAAAUACUACCCUUCAUAAUAAAGCUGUAAAAAUUUUAGAGAUAGCUUUUCUACAGGGAAAAACAUGUAUAUAUAUACUGAGGCACAACACUCAGCCGUAUAUAAGCUUUCAUAAGAUCAUCACAAGUCAAUACUGUUAUAGUCGAAAAAAUUGAAUGUGAAAGGAUCAGGCUGUGAACCGCGGUA